AGUCACGGUGCCGUGAUGCGGCUCCCGGGCACGCAGGGCCCCCCCGCGCCCGCUCCGGGGACAGCGGCGACAGCGGCAGCGGGGACAGCGGCGGGCGGUGAGCGGCGCCGGCCCCCGGGAGCCCACGGAACCCGGCAGCCCCCCUUUUCGUCCUCCUUCUGCCGGGGGGCCCCGGCGGAGCCCCCCUGAGCCCGGCCGGGCGGGACGGCGGCUCUUGGCGCGCUGCUGCGCUGCUUCCCCUGCGAGCGGCUGUGCGGGGGCUGCGCGGUGCCCCCCGGGGCGCUGCCCCCGGCCAUGCCGCCCCCGGCCCGCCGCCGCCUGCCCCCGGCCGCCCGCCUGCCGCCGCGCACCUUCCGCAGUUACCUGCCGCGCUCCCACCGCACCUACAGCUGCGUCCACUGCCGGGCGCACCUGGCCCGCCACGAGGAGCUCAUCUCCAAGUCCUUCCAGGGCAGCCACGGCCGUGCCUACCUGUUCAACUCCGUGGUGAACGUGGGGUGCGGCCCGGCUGAGCAGCGGCUGCUCCUGACGGGGCUGCACUCGGUGGCCGACAUCUUCUGCCAGAGCUGCAAGACCACCCUGGGCUGGAAAUACGAGCAGGCAUUCGAGAGCAGCCAGAAGUACAAGGAGGGCAAGUUCAUCAUCGAGAUGUCGCACAUGGUGAAGGAGAACGGCUGGGACUGAGGCGGGGGCACAGCUGGGGCUGGGGGGACACCUGGGGGCGCACUGGGGGGCCCCUGCCUU